UAUUUUGGUUCAUGGUUAAGAGGAGAAUGUUGGAAAUUAUUUGUUUCGUUUAUAUAUAUAUAUAUGAGAGAGAAAGUAUUUUUUUUAUGUGAAUAGUAACAUGUUUUUUACAUGUUCAUGAAUAAGGGUGCUCUUAGCAGAUUCUAAUUUAUUACCCUUAUUUAAUCAAUUUACUGUAGAAAAAGUCAAGAUUGAAGAGAUGGUAAGAAAAAAAAAAAAAAAAACAGUAAAAAUAACAAUAAACAAAAAUCCAUUUUGUCCUAAGACGAUUCCUUCCUUAGUCUGCUACUCAAUCGUUCGUGUCGAGGCUUCCUUGCUUCUCUUCUCUUCUCAUCUUCUUUUACCAUUUUUUCUCUCUCCUCUUGCCGUCGUCGUAUUAUAGCAGAAAAACAGAGCACAAAACAAACCCACCUCUAACACAAAAAGAAUUUCUUCUCUUUCUCUCUCCUCCAUUUUCUCUCUCUUCAAUUUUUUCUCAGAUUUCCGAAACUUCUAAUAUCUGAUCUUCUUCCACCCCUUCACUUCCCCCAAUUUCUCUCUCCUCCAGGGAUGCCAUCUGAGUUGAGUUUGAUAGUGAAUUCAGUUUUUCGAGUUGAAAAACAAUAUAAAAAUGUUGGAUUUUAUAGCAUAAGAUUUAGGGUUUUUGGAUUAGUUUAAUUGAAGUGAUUUCGUUGUUUGUUGGUGAGAAAUUAAAGGGAAUAAACUGUGAUUUUGUUUCCAAUUUAGUUUUGGGUUGAUGGGGAAUAAGCUGGGGAAGAGGCGACAGGUAGUGGAUGAGAAGUAUACAAGGCCUCAAGGGUUGUAUCAGAUCAAAGAUGUUGAUUAUAAGAAGCUUAGGAAGCUUAUACUCGAAUCGAAGCUUGCCCCGUGCUAUCCCGGAGGCGACGAGUGCGAUUGCGGCAUGUUUGAAGAAUGCCCCAUCUGUUUUUUGUAUUAUCCUACUCUCAACCGGUCCAGAUGUUGUAUGAAAAGCAUAUGUACAGAGUGUUUUCUACAGAUGAAGAAUCCAAAUUCAACUCGACCUACCCAAUGUCCGUUCUGUAAAACUUCAAAUUAUGCUGUGGAGUAUAGGGGAGGAAAGUCAAAGGAGGAGAGGGGAAUGGAGCAAAUAGAAGAACAGAAGGUUAUUGAAGCCAAGAUUCGGAUGCGGCAGCAGCAGAUCGAAGAGGAAAGACAACAUGGAAAAGAAGAAACAAGCCCUUCAGAUAGAGAGCCUCAGACAGAAAAUAUUGGUUGUAGUACAUCUGGUGGUAUAGAGUGUGAAGAAACAGCCCCUUCUCAAGAUUCAAGUGGUACACAAAUACUCAGACAACCCCAGUAUACCAGACAUGGCAGGGAUGAUGAAUUUGACCUGGAUCUUGAAGAUAUUAUGGUUAUGGAAGCUAUCUGGCUUUCUAUACAGGAGAAUGGAAGAGCAGAAUAUUCACCUUCUAAUGAUGCUGUGCCUGAGCAAUAUACAGUUGAAGAUCGCCACAUGUCACCAGUGACAGCACCAGUGGCUGGAUCAUCGUCAUCCCCUUCUGGUGGUCUUGCUUGUGCAAUUGCAGCCCUUGCUGAGCGCCAACAAUCUACCGGAGAAUCUUCCACCAAUUAUAGUGAACCUGUAUCACGGUUAGACAUGAUUCCGAGCAGUAGCAGGAGUUCGAAGAGGAUGAAGAAGACUCAGAGAAGACAUGCAGAAAGCUCUUCUAAUAAGGAAAUUUGUAAUUCAAGGAUGAUAGCUGAAGGGUGUGAGGUUGGUCCUGCAUUAGAGGUAACAGAAGUGGGGACUAGCUAUGUUAACUCAGAUGACUCUGAAGGUGAGGCUAUUAUACUGCCACCACCACCACCUCCGCCACUAAUGCAUCAUAGGUGGAACUCCAAGAGGGGAAAAAGUAUCCAAAGAAAGUACUCUUUUGGGAGAGCCUCAUCCAAGAAUUUGCAUGGUCGAAGGAUGGUAGCAGAAGAGUGGGAGUUUGACCGUGGCUCAGAGGUUGCUGAGGCAGGGACCACUUAUGCUAGCUCUGAUGAGUCGAAUGAGGACAUUCAAGUCGCUUCACUGCCACUACCACCAUCACCUCUGCCUCCAUAUGUUGUUGGAACGAGCAGUGGCUGUUCAGAUGGGGAAGAAGAUCAUGUUGAGUACCUACUCCCUCCACCACCACCAUAUGUUACAGAUAGUGGCUUCCAGUCUUCGAUCCCAGCCCCCAUAGUUCCAGAGAGUUUCGAGGAACAGAUGAUGUUGGCCAUGGCAGUUUCGCUAGCUGAGGCUCGAGCUAGGACUAGUGCUCAGGGAGUUGCAUGGCACUAGGUUUAGUAAUCAUGAUUGUAUCCUGUUAUCUCUCCACUCCCCAUCUCUGCCCUGGCUGUCCUGCUUCCAUCAACAAAAAUGCAAAAAAAAAAACAAAAAAAAAAAGGCUCAUUAUCCUCCCCCUUUUAAUCUUCACACACGUAUGUAUUAGGAAAACUGAAGAGCAGAUUUCAACAAGUGAUAGGUUUGUUGGGUUUUAUGGUAUUUGAAAUGAUUACUGUGCCCCAUGAUUCUCCCCCUCCCCCUUUUCUUUUUCUUUUCUUUGCAGUUAAUAAAUGAUGUUUAAGUUGUUUUCGUGGUGUAUGAUUGAUUGUUAAGGCAAUCUGGUCUUGCAAUGUAGACCUGGCUAAGAUUUUUGUGUCUCAA